UCAAACAUUCUAGUAGCUCCAGUUCGUUCAGGACCACGACGUAGGCAGUGUAUAUCUUGGCAGCCUCUCUCCCGCAAGGCUCAGUAGUAAGCUAGACAUAGCAAGAGGAGGUUGAUACAAGUACGGCAAGACCUGUUGCUUCAUUGGUAUUCCAUUACCACUGAAUCAUAAUACUUCUCACAAAGCCAACAUGGGCAAGGAUUAUUACAAGAUCCUCGGGCUGUCCAAGGGCGCCUCCGAUGAAGACAUCAAGAAGGCCUACAGGAAAAUGGCCCUUAAGUAUCACCCCGACAAAAACAAGUCUGCUGAUGCUGAGGAGAAGUUUAAAUCUGUAGCUGAAGCGUACGAGGUGCUGAGUGAUAAGAAGAAGCGGGACAUAUACGAUCAGUACGGUGAGGAAGGCCUGAAGGGAGGUGUACCGGGUGGUGGUGGUAGUGAUGGCACUCACUUCACUUACACAUUCUCUGGUGACCCGCGAGCCACCUUCCAGCAAUUUUUCGGCACCAAUGACCCCUUUGCUAAUUUCUUUAACAUGGGUGUGGAUGGUCAUGGACCGCAUGGUGUGUUUGAAGAAAUGGAUGUGGAAGAUGAUCCAUUCAUUACCAUGAUGGGUGGUGGUGUUGGAGGUCCACGUAUGGGUGGCGGCACACGACGAGCCUUCAGCUUUAACCCACACGAUGCUACCAGGCCACAGGGAGGCAAGAAUCGUAACCAGGACCCAGCUGUUACCAGGGACCUCUAUGUAACAUUGGAAGAAGUUGCGAAAGGUGUCACUAAGAAGAUGAAAAUUACACGUAGUGUGUUAGCGAGUGAUGGCCGAACAACACGGCGGGAAGAAAAGAUCCUGACCAUCGAUGUGAAGCCGGGGUGGAAGGAAGGCACUAAGAUCACUUUUGAACGUGAGGGCGACCAGUCACCAGGAAAAAUUCCUGCAGAUAUUAUCUUUGUUAUUAGAGAUAAACCACACCCUCACUUCAAACGCGACGGUGCCAACCUCCAGUAUACAGCUAAACUGACUCUCCGCGACGCACUGUGUGGUGCCCGUGUAACUGUGCCUACUCUGGACAGUCAGAGGGUUACACUAAACUUCAGCAACGAGGUAGUACGACCCCAGACUACAAAACGUCUACAGGGAUAUGGCCUACCUUACCCCAAGGAUCCUACCAGGAAGGGAGACAUCAUUGUCCACUUCGAUAUUCAGUUCCCAUCCAGCCUGUCAGAAAGUGCUAAGGAGAUUCUAUCGGAAGUUCUCCCAUUAAAACGUCAAGUGAGGUGAAGUGUGCAUGUUCAGCAGUAGUGAGUGGUGUGGGCUGCCUGCGAUACCUGUAGGAUGACGUCAUCUCCUGGAGUUAGGCGCCUUCAUCCGUUGAACGUGAUGUCAUAAGGGCAAGAGGCGCAACCCACUGAAUGUCCCAAAAUGGUUUAUAUUGUUAAACUUAUUUAUUGUAUAUAUUAGUUUUAAGCAUACUGUAUGUGAUCAUGAUUACCUUAGGCACUGUAUUACUAGCUCUUGUACCAAGAGUGAAUAUUUUUGAGUUUAGUGAUAUGUUUGCUUAGCCAAUUUUCAUUUAAUUAUUCAUCAUCCAGUCAUACUGCAGAUACCUUAAGUUACAUAUGUAAAUAAUCAUAGUGCUUGAAUGAGGCAGGAUUUCGAGUUGUUUUAUACAUCAUAAUUAUAACAUGACACCAAAGAAUCAAUUGCUUAUAUCACUUUUGUUGGUGUAAGUUGAAUAAAACAUUUAUUUUGUA